AUGGCCGCGCGCCCCGGCCCGCUCUGGCUCCUGGGCCUGGCGCUGUGCGCGCUGAGCGGCGGCGGCCCCGGCCCGCGGCCCCCGCCCGGCUGCCCGCCCCGCCGCCUGGGCCCGCGCGAGCGCCGCGACCUGCAGCGCGAGAUCCUGGCGGUGCUCGGGCUGCCCGGGCGGCCCCGGCCCCGCGCGCCGCCCGCCGCCGCCCGGCCGCCCGCGUCCGCGCCGCUCUUCAUGCUGGACCUCUACCACGCCAUGGCCGGCGACGACGACGAGGACGGCGGGCCCCCCGAGCGGCGCCUGGGCCACGCCGACCUGGUCAUGAGCUUCGUCAACAUGGUGGAGCUCGACCAUGCCCUGGGCCACCAGGAGCCCCACUGGAAGGAGUUCUGCUUUGACCUGACCCAGAUCCCGGCGGGGGAGGCGGUCACAGCUGCUGAGUUCCGGAUUUACAAGCUGCCCAGCACCCACCCGCUCAACAGGACCCUCCACGUCAGCAUGUUCGAGGUGGUCAGGGAGCGGGCCAACAGGGAGUCUGACUUGUUCUUUUUGGAUCUUCAGACGCUCCAAGCUGGGGACGAGGGCUGGCUGGUGUUGGACGUGACAGCAGCCAGCGACCACUGGUUGUUGAACCGUAACAAGGACCUGGGACUCCGGCUCUAUGUGGAAACGGAGGAUGGGCUCAGCGUGGAUCCUGGCCUGGCCGGUCUGCUGGGGCGACGGGCACCGCGCUCCAAACAGCCGUUCGUGGUCACUUUCUUCAGAGCGAGCCCCAGCCCCGUCCGAGCCCCUCGGGCAGUGAGGCCCCUGAAGAGGAGGCCUCAGAAAAAAACCAACGAGCUGCCGCACCCCAACAAACUCCCAGGGAUCUUCGAUGACGUCCACGGCUCCGACGGCCGGCAGGUUUGCCGGCGGCACGAGCUCUACGUCAGCUUCCAGGACCUUGGCUGGCUGGACUGGGUCAUCGCCCCCCAAGGCUACUCAGCCUAUUACUGUGAGGGGGAGUGCUCCUUCCCGCUGGACUCCUGCAUGAACGCCACCAACCACGCCAUCCUGCAGUCCCUGGUGCACCUGAUGAAGCCAGACGCAGUCCCCAAGGCGUGCUGCGCGCCCACCAAGCUGAGCGCCAUCUCCGUGCUCUACUACGACAGCAGCAACAACGUCAUCCUGCGCAAGCACCGAAACAUGGUGGUCCGGGCCUGCGGCUGCCACUGAGGGACCCCCACCGCUGCAGCGCUUCCCCCGGGAUCGGGCCCCUGGCCAGAGGCAGGAGCCCUGCAAACCCAGCCAGCGGAGGCAGGGUUGGCACGGGGGCCCUCAGACAUCAACAUGUCUGUGCCCUUCCCUCCUUCCGGCCAGGCUGGAUCCUCUCCAGGCCCCUCUGCCUCCCUCCCCUGCCUGAGCUUGUGACAGACCUCUGGCCUCCAGUCCUGGUGUUCCGAGUCAUCAA